AUGUCCUCCCCACCAGGCUCCGACCAACCAUCGACAACCAACACAUCCGCCCGCUCAACGCCUGCCGCUUCACGCGCUUCCACCCGCGCCGCCCCUCGCGGGAGCAUAACCCGCAAAACCAAAGCGGAGCGCGAGAAAUACGCCGCCGACGAAGCUGCUCGUGCCGCGAGACGCAAUAAUGCCGCCUCCUCCUCUACCACCACCGGCACCCCACACACCGCAAACACAGGACCUGCUCGUAGAGGGACAGGCACAGGACGUGGCGCACGAGGCGGUGCAGGCGGACGUGGUGGGGCGGUGGGCAGGGAGGCAACGCAUAUUCGCAGUGAUGGCAGUGGGGGAGGGGUGUUCGGCGGGAGUGCUGGGGGUGCGGUGAAUAGAAGGGCUACCGCGGCCGAGAGAAGGGCAUUGGGGGUUGGCCAGGAGGAGUGGCUCUCUGGUGAAGCCGCGCAGAAGAUUGAGGAUGCGGGAGGGAGUGCGGCUACAGCAAAAUGCAAGGGCAAUAAGACAGCCGUGGCGGGCAGUCAGAGUGGCAAGCCAGAGGCCGACGCGGAGGAAGACGAACUGGUCACGGCUGCGCUACAGCAAAAAGCUUACGAGCCAGAGACAAUCACGAUCGAAGAGGAUGAGGACCCAGACGAGGUGAGGCGCGAUAUCGAGCGUAUCUGGAUCAGCAGUGAGGAUGAGGCCGAAGGCGAAGCCAACACCAUGGACCAGACCGGCGAGGACGAUGAGGAGGAAGACGACAUCAUCACGUCAAAAGGCAAGCAGCGCACAGGCACGAUCGAGUCUAAAACCAAACCACGAAGACCCGGUGGAGGAGGAGGAGGGCUACGACCACUUCGCGCUCCUCACCAGACCAACGGCGCAAGCAGCGCAGCUUCACACCAACGAGCCGCCUCCGAGCAGAAACCAUCGCGCAACAAGCGUGAGUUCACCGCAAUUCUAGUAGGAGACGACUCCGACGCCAUGGACGUCGAUAGUCCCGCACAAGUCACCGUCACAGGCCACGAGCGUCAACGCAGCACUCUCAAUCCAUACAAAGAUCUUUCAACAAGCCCAGAGCUCAAAAAACGCACACUCUCUUCUGCUACCCCAAAACGCUCCCUCGCCCGCGAUGCAAAAGCAUACGCCUCCGAAACGCCCGAGGAACGCGCUGAGCGCUUACGUGUGGCGGAGGACACGGCGAGGUUGAUCGACUUGUUGAUUCCGGACAGCACUAACCACGCCUACGGUGUGUCGGCCAAGGGAAAAGGCAAAGCCAAGCUCCCCGAUCCCGACACGCAGCAGCAGAGAGGCCAACUCUUCCUAAUGCAGUUCCCACCCAUCACACCUUUACUGCUUGACCCUGUUGCCGAAGCUGCAGCAGCUGAGGAGGCUGAUAAAGACGCCACUGUUGCCACUGAGGCAACAGAAACCAAACCCAACCCCCCAGAAGUCCAAAUCAAAUCCGAGCCCGGCACCGCAGGCGACAUGUCCCGUGCCACACUCCUAGCCCGACAGACCGCGAACCAAACACGUAUUAAGCAACAGGGAUAUAUAACGGCGCCGGACUUGCUCCCGCCUGAUCCAGCAGCGCAGUUGCCGCAAGGUGUGGUGGGGAAGUUGCGCGUGCAUGCUUCCGGCAAAGUGAGCAUUGAUUGGGGCGGCGUGAGCAUGACCGGACGGAUGGGUGUCAACACUGACUUCGCGAGUGAAGGGCUUCUUGUUGAUUCUGGGGGCGUGCUGAAUGAUGCAAAUCCAGAAGUAGAUGCCGAGGAUGGGGCUGCUGGUGAGGCCCGACCGGAGAACGACGAUCAGGCCAAGUGGGAGGAGAGGCAGCGCAUGAAUCCUCAGUCGUCAAGGCAUAAGGGGAAGGUGUAUGCUCUGGGGCAGAUCAAGGGCAAGAUGGUGGUUGUGCCGGACUGGGGCAAAAUUUAUGACUGA